UAACAAACCUCUUGACACAAAUGAAUGCCAAACUCGACAGCAUGAGAUAUACAGUUCCACCCACUACACCCCCUAUCAGAGCAUCACCUUCUUGCCCAACAAUGUCCUGCCCAACACCUUCUUGCCCAACACCAACUUGCCCAGCACCAACAUGUCCAACACCAAUUUGUCCAAAACUGACCUGCCCAAAACAGAGUAUAGUAAAUGGAAACAAAGACUGUCUUUAUGAUGCAAAUGGAAAAAGUGCAAUAGUGACAUCAUCUGGUAGAACUGUCAUAGCCAAUUGUGAGGAUGGCUGGCUCGUUAUUGCCCAUCGCUUCAAUGGUAAAGUUGCAUUCCAUAAUCGAACAUUGAAUGAAUACAAAAAAGGAUUUGACACAUCACAAGGGAAAUACAAAAAAGAAUUUGACACAGAAGGGGAAUACUUUAUUGGAUUUGAAGCUAUUCUAACGAUUCUCAAAUGGAGGACAUACAAGAUGCGAUUUGACCUAGUUGGAUGGAACAAUAGUAAUGCACAUCCUUGGGUUGCUAAGUAUUCAAGCUUCAGUAUGGGAGAAGAAAGUGAUAAUUUCAAACUGACUCUGAGAGGUUUUAAUUCUACAGGGUCAAGUACUAUCAAAGACUCAAUCACUAAGAUUUCCAAUCCAAAGUUGAACAAAGGGACCCCUGGACCACUGCUAUUCCGAGAAAUGACCUAUUAUGUAAGAUACAAAUACAAAGGAAAAAGUGAUGAUAGAAGAUACAAAUACAAAGGAAAGAGAUCUAUUUUAUAUGGUGUAAGUGAAUGUUCUGAUAUGCAAAGAAGUAGCUGGUGGUAUUCCUACUACAUCCGGACCGCAAAUAGACCUGAAUUAUGUGGAGAUGCUAACCUGUUUUCAAGUUACCCUGUUGAUGGCAAGUGUGAUAAAGAAAGAGCAUGUAUGUUUUGGUCCAAACACAAACAUGAAUGGAUGACUUCCCUUUGGGGAUGGGAAAUAAAUUAUCUAAAGGAAAUGAAAAUGAAAAUAAAACCAUCCACAUAAUUACCUUGAAUAAUCAGGAAUCUGAGAUCUGUUGUGAAUGUUUCAAUGAUGACACAUUCUUUAAGGAAUAAAGACAGAGAUUCUAUAAUUUAU